UAUUAUUUAUGGAAUACAUUAAUUCGCAUCUAUAUAAAUGGUUUGAAAUGCGACUUAGUUGUAUAGCUGACCCACAAUGGCUCUAGUUAAGACUUUACUUAUUCUGACUGUGGCAAUUACCCUCGUUGCUACAACUUUGGGGGAAAAUCAUAAAACAGGCUAUGGCAGUAGCUCUAGUAGCAUACCAGCUGGCAAUACCCAUGGCGGCUCUUCUGGUGGAGGUAAGGUGGCAUCUGGAAAAGAAGCAGGUAUAGAUAGUCCAGGUGGUAACCAAGAUCUUGGAAAACAGGCUAAAAGUGCCUCUGAAGGACAAGGUGGUAGCAGUUCGAUUGGUCCCGGAGGGCCUGGAAGUGCUCAAGGAGGGGCGGGAAGUAGUCAAGGUGGAUCUGGAAGUCAUCAAGGAGGACAUGAAGGUAAAAGUGGAUCCAGUAGUAUCAGCGGAAGUCCAGGAUCUAAAGGACAAAGUGGAAGUAGUCCUGAUGGACAGAGCAGUGGUCAGAAGGUACCUGGAAGUUUAAGUGAAUCGGGUGGUAUUGUCUCUCCCGGACUGACUGGCGCCGUUAGCCAAGUAGGAAAAAAAUCUGAUGGUCAUGAGAGUGCAAAAGGCGGUCAAGGUGGAUCUGGUGGAAGCCAAGGUGGAUCUAGCGGCGGAAGCCAUGGAGCAAAGUCUGGCUAUGGACGUUAACAAUACACAAAUAUGAAAACUAUUGAUCUUUACCAAAUGAUAACUAAUCAUUUAAAUUGUACGACUUUAUUUUCUCAAGAUUAAAUAUAUGUUCAACCAACAAUAA